CUUUCUUCCAGCCAGCCAGCAGCGGAUUGUUCAUCAGACAGAAUCGACUUCCUUCUUGUGCAACUCUUGCGCUUCGCGUCGCGAAUCUUUCAACGAACGAUUAUUAUCAGAUGCAUCCAUCAUCAGAUGUGAUUCAGAUUCUAUACAGUUACCCAUAGUUAUAGUUUCCACCAGCAUCUGAUUCGCGUUUCGAUAUAUAUCUACACGUCGCUAUAGUCUGGCAGCUGAAAGUGCUCACGUAAAGAAGUGAAGAAAACGCAAUUCUUUCAGUUUCGCCGUAGGUUGUGCACUAAUUUCCGCAUCGAAGCUUCCGCAAGAUCCGGUGGGGUCUGUUCGUUCGUAGCUCUUGCUUUGGAUUAUUGGUGAGGUGAAAUUGGGGAUUUGCAGAACAGAGCCCCAGGAAAGUUUCCGAAUCAUUGCUCAGAAAAAGUGAUCGUAUGUAAAAAAGUGUAACUAUUGGGAAGUGCUUCCUUUUCUCUUCCGGAGGAAUAACCUUGAAUUACUCCGUUUCCAAAGCUAACCAGUAUCAUCAGGCCUGGCGAUAUCAAAUGAUGAAUCUUGGCUGAGUGGACAACAUUAUUUUGUGUUUACAAACGAGCUACAUACUUAUAUCAGUACAUGGUGAUAAUGUAAGUGUGGUGUGCAGGCCGAGGAUAAUGACUUCGCCCGUGGCUUACCUUUGAGUUGUUUUCCUAUGUGAGCUCGGCAAAACCGUUCAAUCAACACGCACAGUUCGUUGUUCCAGUCCGGUUUUAGUGUUCUCGCAGUAACCGCGUGUGGUUGGUUAACCCUAAGAUUUGCAACAAUUAUUUAUAAGGCUGCAUGUAAUUGCGGGAAAGUUGUUUUCAGUGAUAUCGAGUGAUAAUAAGCUCAUUUAGUGUACCCAGUGUCGCACAAGAAGCUCAGUGUUGCUCACAGUUUGUUAGAAUAAGAAGAAGAAUAUUUCAACAAAUCAAUACAUAAACGCGCAAAAAACAUGGCAGGUCCGUGGUCCAUGGUCAAGCAAUCGACACUGAUGCAUCUGUGCUUUGCGAUAUCAUAUUUCACAUCCGGAUUAAUCAUCAACACGGUACAGUGUGUGCUCUAUUUUGGACUUAAACCGUUCAACAAGCGACUCUACAGGAAGAUUGGAUAUUAUCUGUGUUACUCCUUUUAUUCACAACUGGUAUUUUUGGCUGACUGGUGGUCCGGCUCAACACUGUACGUAUACAUAAGCGAUGAAGAUCUCAAACAUUGUGGCAAAGAGCAUGUGUUACUGUUGAUGAACCACACCUAUGAGGUGGAUUGGCUUGUAGGAUGGAUGUUCUGCGAAAAAGUGGGAGUACUGGGUAACUGUAAAGCAUACGCCAAAAAGGUCAUUCAGUACAUUCCGACCGUCGGUUGGGCAUGGAAGUUUGCUGAGUUUGUUUUCUUGGAACGUUCGUUUGACAAGGAUAAGGAAAUCAUCGGUCGUCAAAUUAAGGAAAUCAUGGAUUACCCCGACCCCGUCUGGUUGCUGUUGAAUGCAGAGGGCACUCGAUUCACUGAGAAGAAACAUGAAGCGUCGAUCAAGUUUGCUCGUGAUCGCGGAAUGGUUGAACUGAAGCAUCACUUGAUCCCUAGGACCAAGGGUUUCACUGCCAGCUUGCCGGAAUUGCGCAACAGGGGCGUUAUUCUAGAUAUUCAACUAGCGAUCAACAAAGAUUCUCCCAUUAAACCCACAAUUUUCAAUAUCCUUAAUGGAAAACCAAUUGAGGCACACAUGCAUGUUCGUCGUAUCACGUACGAUCAGGUGCCGGAAGACGAGACGCAAGCAGCUGAAUGGUUACAGGAACUGUUCCGUCAAAAGGAUAUAAUGCAAGAGAGCUUCCAUAAACAUGGAGAUUUCUUUACCGGUUCCAAUGUUACCCGAAAAGUCCCCGUGAAGCUGCAGCCUAGAUUGCAAACUUUGAUCAAUAUGGUAGCCUGGAAUGUGUUGACGGUAGUUCCAAUGACUUACUAUCUGCUUCAGCUGUUGAUCAGCGGCGAAUUUAUGUACUUCUCUAUCGGAGCAUCGAUCCUUACUGCUUUUUACGGCCUUAUGGUGAAAGCAAUCGGGAUGUCCAAAAUCAGCAAAGCAUCAUCUUACGGAUCGGAAAAGAAGAACGGACACAGCCUCCAUAACGGAUCCUCCACCAAUGAGACCACCAAAACUAAGUAGAACCGAUAGCUCUUUAUACUUAUGUACUUGUAGAUCUAGUAUGUACGUCGUUGUAUACCCUUAUUGGCCAAUUUGGCCACUCGAACCCGACCCGUAGCUUAGCUAACCUUUUCCCAAAAAAAACUUUAUAUUUUGUCCAACUUUUGGAGUUGACUAUUUUGCUCCAUGAAUUAUGCGGAAUAAAGCCUUCCGAAAUAAAGAACGCACGAUCACGCGUUUAGCCACCAACACCGUCAUGCCAAAUUUUUGCUAGGAGGUUUUAUUAUUAUGUAUCUGUUUUUGAACAAACACGAUAAUUAGCGCCCAACUGCUUGAAGCGGUGUUAUCAGAAGAAAUCAUUUUUUCAAAAACGGCAUACGGAAAAAUAGUGACGGAUUUAAAGGUGUUACUCAUUUAUUGUCCUUGAUAUAUACCUAAGCAUAUUUCCUUAUACAAAAGAAACGUAGGUAACAAUUGUGCGGUUAAAACUCGAGAAACAGGAAACCCGAGCAACUAUGAGAGAAUAAUCUAUUUAUUACCAAUUUUUCGGUGAGAUAUAGUUUGUAUUGUGCAGUGUACUUGUGCACUGUAAGGUAUUGGAGGAAUGAUACAGACAAGCAGAAACAUUGCAGUCACUGGAUAUAUCGUCUAUCAAGCCAGCGAGAAAGAAAAAAACUCAGUACAAAUUUUACCACCUACCAUGCGAUUUUAGUUGUCACAUUAUCACCAUAAAGAGCAGACACACGAUAUUAGUUUUUGCUUGGAUCUGUAUCGCUAACAUACUACGUUUGAAAUGAAUUGUGCAGCAAAUGUUUUCAAUAAUAAUGCAAUCUAACAACAAUAUUAUUAGUUACGAAAUUAAUUACUAAGUAACAUUUCUUGCGAAAUGAAAAAAAAAGACUAGAAUUGGAAACCAAAACAGGCACAAAGGUUGAACUUCAUAAUCCCACACAACUGUUUUGCACAAGUUCAGUGAAAUACCUACCUGUUUAUAGAGGAGAAUCAUUGACAAUGAAUCACUAAUACGGACAAUAAAUAAUCGAAUUCCUGAAAAAAUAAAUAAAUUUCUUACGCUGGUUCAAGUUUCACUGUCGUUUUUUUAUUAUAUUUGAGUCAAUUCAGAAACAGAAAAGCGGUUGUUGAUUGACUUUAUAAAGUUUGUCAGUAAUCGUCUCAGAGUACCUCACUCUGGUAUGUACUAUAAAUUCUUUACAAAAAAGAAAGAUCAAGGCGCUGAGAUGUACUCGGAACAGUUGAUCUGAUGAAAAUCAAAGCAUGUUCAUUGUUAAUCAAUCUCCUCUACAGACGCACUAUAAAGGUUAUUCGUGCGCAAAGUCUGAAGCCGAGCUUCCUUGUUAACCAACUUUAUUCGCAACAAUUAAUAAGAAAGGGCUUUCAAUUAUCUAGUUUACCUUAGUGUACCGUACUGUUAAGUUACUACUCUCUUAUAACAGCAAUCACCUGGAAUCGGCCAAUUAUUGCAACAGAGUGUGAACCAUAAAAGUGAAUGUCUAUGGUUGGCGAAAUAAAGCAUUGUUUUCAUCUGUUAAUAGGAGUCGAA